AUGAAGCAACUCCUGCCUCUAUUUCUGCUUUUUAUAACAUUUUCUUCUGCAUUUCCUGCAGACCGAAAGGUGGAAAAUGAGGAAAACAUGCAACUGGCUCAGGCAUAUCUCAACCAGUUCUACUCUACUGAAAUAGAAGGGAGUCAUCUCGUUCAAAGCAAGAACAGGAAUCUCAUAGAUGGCAAAAUCCGGGAGAUGCAAGCAUUUUUUGGAUUGACAGUGACUGGAAAACUAGACUCUAACACUCUUGAGAUCAUGAAGACACCCAGGUGCGGGGUGCCCGAUGUGGGGCAGUAUGGCUACACUCUCCCUGGGUGGAGAAAACGCAAGCUCACAUACAGAAUAAUGAACUAUACUCCAGAUAUGCCCCAAGCUGAUGUGGAUCAGGCCAUCCAAAAAGCUUUAGAAAUGUGGAGUAAGGUCACACCACUAACGUUCACCAAGAUCUACAAGGGGGUUGCAGACAUCAUGAUUGCCUUUAGGACUAGAGUCCACGGUUGGUGUCCUCGCCAUUUUGAUGGUCCCUUGGGAGUCCUUGGACAUGCCUUUCCUCCUGGCAGGGGUCUGGGUGGUGACACUCACUUUGAUGAGGAUGAGAAUUGGACAACCAAGAAUGCAACAGGAUUUAACUUGUUUCUCGUGGCUGCUCAUGAAUUUGGUCAUUCACUGGGGCUCUCUCAUUCCAACGAUGAAAGAGCAUUGAUGUUCCCAAAUUAUGUCACCCUGGAUCCUAGCAAGUACCCGCUCUCUCAGGAUGAUAUCAACGGAAUCCAAUCCAUCUAUGGUCUACCUACAGCACCUGUCAAAACGAAAGGAACCAAUAUACCCCAUGCCUGUGACCCUAACUUGACUUUUGAUGCUAUAACCACUCUCCGCAGAGAAGUAAUGUUCUUGAAAGGCAGGCAUUUAUGGAGGAUCUAUUAUGAUAUUGCUGAUGUGGAAUUUGAGUCGAUCACUUCAUUCUGGCCCUCUCUGCCAGCUGAUCUCCAAGCUGCCUAUGAAAACCCCAAAGAUACAAUUCUGGUUUUCAAAGAUGAAAACUUCUGGAUGAUUAGAGGGUAUGCUGUCUUGCCAGAUUACCCCAAGUCCAUCCAUACCCUUGGCUUUCCAAGACAUGUGAAGAAAAUUGAUGCAGCUGUUUGUGACCGAGACACAAGAAAAACCUACUUUUUUGUGGGUGUUUGGUGCUGGAGGUAUGAUGAGACGACCCAAGCUAUGGACAGUGGGUACCCACAGACAGUGGUCAAACAAUUUCCAGGAAUUGGCCUCCGUGUUGAUGCUGCUUUCCAGCACAAAGGGUUCGUCUAUUUCUUCUGUGGAUCAAGGCAAUUUGAAUAUGACAUUAAGGCCAAGAAAGUUUCCCGAGUGUUGAGAGCCAAUACUUGGUUCAAGUGUAAAGAACCAUUAAGCUCAUCAUUUGAUAUGGAAAAAAAGAUACAUUCUGGGGGAGUGGAAAUAUUAUAUCACAAAAGUUUAAUCUUGUUUAUGUUUAGUAUACUUUAUAUGCUGAAAAAAAUUCAUAGUUAUCAAUAA